CAGAACUGGUCUGGUGAAGGUCUGGAUCCUCCUGCAGAACUGGUCUGGUGAAGGUCUGGAUCCUCCUGCAGAACUGGUCUGAUGAAGGUCUGGAUCCUCCUGCAGAACUCGUCUGGAUGUCAUGGCUGAAAUGGUGAACCCGGCGGGCCUGCCGGCGCCCCCCCGGAGUCCGACCUCCAGCGAGGACGAGAUGGCCCAGAGCUUCUCCGACUACUCGGACGACGAUGCCUCCGACAGCUCGCGGGAGGAGACGAUCUACGACACCAUCCGGGCCACGGCGGAGCCAACGCCCGGACGCAGGGAGGACAUCAGCACCAACUCCCUGGUGGUCCGGGUUCUGAUCCCAGACCUGCAGCACACGAAGUGCAUGCGGUUCAACCCGGACGCGACGGUCUGGGUGGCCAAGCAGCGGAUCCUGUGCACGCUAAACCAGACCCUGAAGGACGUGCUGAACUACGGCCUGUUCCAGCCGGCCAACAACGGCCGGGACGGCCGCUUCCUGGACGAGGAGCGCGUCCUGCGGGACUACCCGCAGCCCAUCAGCAAGGGCGUCCCCUGCCUGGAGUUUCGCUACAAGAGCAGAGUCUACAGACAACCCAAUGUUGAUGAGAAACAAAUCGCCAAACUUCAUACAAAGGCCAACCUCAGGAAGUUCAUGGAGCUCAUUCAGCACGACCAGCUGGACAAAGUGGCAAAGCUGCUGGAGCGAGGCUUCGACCCCAACUACCACGACGGCGACAGCGGCGAGAGCCCCCUGACCUUGGCCUCCCAGCUGGACUCGGUCCAGGCCAUCAGGGUCCUCCGGUCCGGCGGGGCCCACCUGGACUUCAGGGCCCGGGACGGCAUGACGGGCCUGCACAAGGCUGCUCGGACCCGGAACCAGCUGGUCGUCAUGGUGCUGCUGGAGCUGGGGGCGUCGCCCGACUACAAGGACAGCCGCGGCCUGACGCCGCUGUACCACAGCGCGCUGGUGGGGGGAGACCCGGCCUGCUGCGAGCUGCUGCUGCAGAACCACGCCACCCUGGGGGGGCAGGACGAGAACGGCUGGACCGAGGUGCACCAGGCCUGCCGUCACGGCCACGUCCAGCAUCUGGAGCAUCUGCUGUUCUACGGAGCCGACACGAGCUCCCAGAAUGCCUCGGGAAACUCCGCCCUGCACAUCUGCGCCCUCUACAACCAGGAUAACUGUGCCAGAGUGCUGCUCGUCCGAGGAGCCGACAAGGAAGUGAAGAACUACAACAGCCAGAGUCCCUUUCAGGUAGCCAUAAUCGCUGGGAACUUUGAGCUGGCGGAGCUCAUCAAGAACCAUAAAGACUCAGAUAUCGUGCCUUUCCGCGAGGCUCCCGCCUACUCCCGGCGCCGCCGCGGCCCGUCCUCCGGCGGCGGCGACGGCCACUCGCCCGCCUCGCUGUCGGCGCCGCGGAUCCUGCUGCGCUCCAACAGCGACACCAACCUGACGGUCAGCCUGCAGCACCCGCAGCACCCGCAGCACCCGCAGCACCCGCAGCACCCACAGCACCCGCACCGGGGCCCCCAGCAGCCGCCGGGCCCCUCGGCGUUGCAUCGCAGCCUGUCGCCCCAGCUUGCCCAGCAGAUGCCCAGCGGUAGCCCCAAUGGCAACGUGGUGGUCCGGACCAUGGGGAGGGGGGCGCGCAGCCGCUCGCCCUCCCUCAGCCGGCUGGGGGAGGAGGCCCGGCGGGGCCAAAACCAGCGCCAGCCCAGUCCCAGCAGCCAUGUCGAGGUCGUCGGCAGGAGGAAGCUGUACAGCGCCGUCCCGGGGAGGCUCUUCGUGGUGGUGCGUCCCUACACGGCCCAGGCCGAGGGAGAGAUCAACCUCUACAAGGGGGACAGGGUCAAAGUCCUGAGCGUCGGGGAGGGGGGGUUCUGGGAGGGCAGCGCCCGCGGCCUGGUGGGCUGGUUUCCAGCCGACUGCGUGGAAGAGAUCCAGGUCAAGAACACCGAGGAGAGGAGCUAUUCCCGAGCCGACCGCGCCGACAGGCGGAAGCUCUUCAGACACUACACCGUCGGGUCCUACGACAGCUUCGACGCCUCCAGCGACUGCGUGGUGGACGAGAAGACGGUGCUGCUGCAGAAGAAGGAGAACGAGGGCUUCGGCUUCGUGCUGCGGGGGGCCAAAGCGGACACGCCCAUCGAGGAGUUCACCCCCACACCGGCUUUCCCCGCCCUGCAGUACCUGGAGUCGGUGGAUGAAGGCGGGGUGGCCUGGCAGGCCGGGCUUCGGACCGGGGACUUCCUCAUCGAGGUGAACCAGGAGAACGUGGUGAAGGUCGGACACAGACAGGUGGUAAACAUGAUCCGGACAGGAGGGAACCGGCUCCUCAUCAAGGUGGUGACGGUGAGCCGGAACCUGGACCCCGAAGACACGGCACGGAAAAAAGCUCCGCCCCCCCCAAAGCGAGCCCCCACCACGGCUCUGUCCAUGCGCUCCAAGUCCAUGACCUCCGAGCUGGAGGAACUGGUGGAUAAAGCCACUCUGAGGAAAAAGAAAGGUGAUGUGCAGAAGAAGAGGAUUGUUUUCCAAGUCACUCUAAACAAGGUGGAGGAGAUGACUCUCGGCCAGAAGGCGUCGCCGGUGGACACCAAGAUCGCCACCAUCAAGCCCCGCCCCUCUAGCCGCUGCCUUGUCACGCCCACCGACAUGAACUCCAUGUAUCACGACCGCCAGGGAGUCGCGGUGGUGCCGCCCACGGUUCCUGCCUUCCUGGGGAUCCCCGAGAAGGGAACCAUUAAGAAGCAGAAGUCCAUAGGCAUGGAGGACGAUAAGCAGGGCUUCCUCACGCCGCCGAUGCUGAAGUUCGCCCGCAGCCUGUCGAUGCCGGACACCUCGGAGGACAUCCCCCCCCCUCCGGCCAUCUCCCCCCCCUCGCCGCCCAACUACAACUCCCCCGCCGGGCCGGCGGCGCCCAAGACCUACGCCGUCGCCCGGAACUCGCCCAAAGCUGCGGCGGACGUGGGGACGCUGCGGCGUGGCUACUUCCGACAGAGCUCGGAACACUUCGAGAGCUCGCGGUUGCGGGGCCGGACGCCGGUGCCGGAGAACCCGUACUCCGAGGUGGGCAACAAGACGCUGUACGUGCCGGCCAAGCCGGCCCGGAGGAAGGGGAUGCUGGUGAAGCAGCCCAACGUGGAGGACAGUCCGGAGAAGACCUGCCACGCCUCGGGCGCUGUCUCCAUGCCGACCACGCCGGUGGAGCGGACCUGCAUCCCCAUCCCCACCAUCAUCGUUAAGGAGCCGUCCACCAGCAGCAGCGGCAAGAGCAGCCAGGGCAGCAGCAUGGAGAUCGAACCCACAACCCCGGAGCACCCCCCUCUCACCCCAACCGCCGGCGGAGGCCUGCGCCCGGACGACCCGCUCUCCCUCAGCAACCCCUUUGCGGCGGCCAUCGCCGGCGCGGUACGCGACCGCGAGAAGAGGCUGGAGGCCAAGAAGAGCUCCAUCACCUUCCAGUCCAUCGACGUCGGGGACGACGAGUUCAGCCCGGCGCCGAUGCCGCGCCUGCGCCAGUCCAAGUCCAUCGACGAGGGCAUGUUCAGCAGCGACGAGCGUCUCCGGAGGAUCAUGGCCCCACCUUCCAUCAGACAACUCGGACGGCCGGUCGGUGGCGGCAGCGGGAACAUGACGGACUUCAACAGUCCGGAACCCACCGUGGUGCGGGAGCCUCUCAACACCAGGACGGGUCAGUGUCCCAACCUGGACAGUCCGGUGAGUCUCCCGUCGACGCCACCCAAGAGCCACUACAAGGCCAACGGGACAUACCUGCACCCAGUCACCGGGAAGCCCUUGGACCCCAACUCUCCGCUGGCUCUGGCCCUCGCGGCACGGGACCGGGCCAUGAAGGAGCAACACCCUCAGAACAAACCCACAAACCCUCCUCAGGUUCAGCCGACGCCCAAACACGAGGCCCAGUCGCUGCCGCCGAGCCACAAGCCGGACCUCAACCAGCCGCUGUUCAUCGACACCAAGCUGCGCUCGGGCAUCGAGACCAGCUUCGCCGCCAUCUCCACGGCGACCAUGGGCCGGCCGGGCCGCGGCGGCCUCCGGCGGCAGGCGACGGAGCAGAAGUACGAGUCCGGCGGGGCGCGGGAGGACGACGGGCAGCACCGGCGUCCCGCGGAGGACAGGAAAAGCCUGCCGGCCGACGCCGCCGACGCCUCGCAGCCCAAAUCGGCCGGGCUGCUGAUGGUCCACACCGAGGCGGGGGGCAGCAGGAACCCCCCGGAGCUGGAGGUGACGGACAGCAACCGGCCGUCCGAGCUGAAGGACCCCAACCAGCCGGACCCCCAGAACCACCCGGGUCCCCAGAACCACCCGGGGAGGAGGAGGGCCGUGGCUCCGGGGGAAUCCCUGGAGGAACCCGUCAAGCUCCCCUUCAGGAUCCCGCCGCCCCCGCUGGCCUCCGUCGACAUCGACGAGGAGUUUGAGUUCUCGGACCCGCUGCCGCCGCCGCUGGAGUUCGCCAACAGCAUCGACGUCCCCGACGACCAGGCCAGCGCCUUCGCGGAGAUGCUGCAGCAGCAGAGACGGAACGGAGGGCCCGCCCUGCCCCCGUACGGGCCCCACGCCCCCCCCCAGGUCCUGAGGAACAGCAUGCCCCCCUCGUACCACCCCGGCCCCCCCGACCCCGAGGCCGGCGUGGGCGACUCGGGCAUCGAGGAGCCGGACAGUCGCAGCAGCGGCGACCCGCACCAUGUGGACGCCACCAGCACGGUGUCCAGCAUCUCCACGCUGUCGUCGGAGGGGGGGUUCUGCGACGCGGCCCUGGAGGGCCUCUACGCCGGCGCCGCCGACGGCCACGCCUUCCUGGCGGAGCGGCCGCCGGUCCCCCCCAAACCCAAGGCCAAGUCCGUCAUCAACCGGGCGUCGCUCUACCACGACACCCUCAUCGAGGAGCCGCCGGAGGCCUACGGGUCGCCCCCUCAAGCCCCGCCCCCCCCGCCCUCGGCCUCCGAGCCCCCCAGGACUCCCUCCCAAAGGACGUCCAAGCUGUGGGGCGACCCGCCCCCCGAGCUGCGCAGCCCCCCCCCCACGCCGGACGGGAAGAGCACCGUCAUCACCGAGCUGAGCUCCAUCCUGCAGCACAUCAACCGGCCGCCGAAGGAGGGCCUGGACUCCCCCACGGGAACCCGGGGGGGCUUCGGAUCCAGAAUUCCUAGCGACGACUCAGGAAUGCGUCCCAGCGCCGGCGGCCCGGCCUCGCUGGCCUCCACGCCGCCCGGCAGCCUCCCCUCGCAGGCGUCACACCUCUGCAGCCCGCCGGACUCCGCCUCCUCGCUCACACCCUGCUCUUCGCUGCCGCCGUCGGCGUCGCCCACCCUCACGGACGUAUUCGGCCUGCCUACCCCGCCCUUGGGCAGCGGCGGUGGUGGCUACAGCCUGAGCUCGUCCUGUGGCGGCAGCGGCAGCUCGCGCUCGCCGUCGCCGCUCACGCUGAUGCAGGCGGCGGCGGCGGCGUCGGGGAAGCCCUUCGCCUCCAAGCCGGUGGAGCUGUGGAGCAAGCAGGACGUGGCGGACUGGCUGGACAGCCUGCACCUCGGCGAGCACCGCGACGCCUUCCUGGACAACGAGAUCGAGGGGGCGCACCUGCCCUCGCUGCAGAAGGAGGACCUGAUCGACCUGGGCGUCACCCGCGUGGGCCACCGCAUGAACAUCGAGAGGGCGCUCAAGCUGCUGCAGGACAGAUAAGGGGCUGGAGGCGGGGCCACGGUCAGGGGGCGGGGCCACGGUCAGGGGGCGGGGCCAUGGCCAGGGAAGCUGCCUCUCGUCCUCGUUCCUGUGCUCCGGUCCUCCUGCCCCCCCCACCCCCAGGGGGGUCUGGAGGUCCUCCUUGUAGGACCCUAUAAUGUAAUAAUUUCCUAUAAUGUAAUAAUUUCCUGAAAAUGUAAUAAAAUUUGCACUUAACUCAAUCGAAAAUGUAAUAAAAUCCAAUAAUGUAAUAACUUCACCAAUAAUGUAAUAAAAUAUCCUGACUGAUAUUGUAAUAACAUUUUUACCGAUAAUGUAAUACCUUAUUACAUUAUUGGGAAUUUCAAUUUCAAUUCAAUUUCAAAUGUUUCAGACGUUUCAGACAUUUACGACGUUACGGACGUUUACGACGUUUCAGACGUUUUGGACGUUUCAGACGUUUCAGAUGUUUCAAACGUUUCCAACAUUUCAGACGUUUUAAACAUUUCAGACGUUUCUGAUGUUUCAGAUGUUUUAAACGUUGAAUUAAACGUGUAAUUUUGGUGCAAUUUAUGCCAUUUUCACGUGUCGUACUUUAACGAACUCCUCCUACCAGGAUCGUCUGUUCGACAUAAAACUCGCUCAGGAGACACAAAACACGUUAACCAUGAAAAGUUAUCAAAAUUGUGAGUUUUUAUGAAAUGACGUGGCAGUGGUGCCGCGUCAAACUUCAACGUUAAACAGGAAGUGAUACUAGUAGCUGAUUGGUCGAUAUGUGAUAGUUCCUAUUCUCUACCAUAACCUUGUAACGGGUUGUGAUAAAGACAUGUGGGUGGUUUCAUCGGACUCUGUAUUGAGUACUUGACCUUCAUUGGCCUGAAUUAGCCCCGCCCCUUCUUCAGAUUGGUCGAUAUCUGAUAGUUUCUAUUUUCUGCCAUAUUUUUUGAAUGGUUUGACUUACAGAGUCGUGGGUGGUGUCAUCGGACUUAGUUUUGGGUCCUUGACCUUUAUUGGUGAAAAUUGCACGCGCGAAGGCCCGUUCAUCGCUGCUUGCAACUUUAAUUGGGUUUGAUUAUAUUUUCAAUUGAGUUAAGUGCAAAUUUUAUUACAUUUUCAGGAAAUUAUUACAUUAUAGGGUGCUACACUGCUGCCCCCCCACCCUGAGGGAGGGUCUGGAGAAGCUGCUACGUCACAUGGGACUUGGUUGGCCGCCCGUCCAAGACGCUGUACUCUGGUGCCCCCCCACCCUGGGGUGGGGCACCCAGGACCCCCCCCCCCACCAGAGGCACCCAGGACCCCUCCGUCCCCCUCAGGGGGGAGGCAUGCAGACCAGCUGAGCUGGUCCGGGCUCCUUUUCUAUCUUUGCUAGAGAAUAUUUCUUCACCAGAGUCGGACAGAGUUUUAUUUCUGACGUCUGAGAGACACUUUGAGACUUUGAGACGAACUUUGAGACGAACUCGGCUGUUUUUCUGCUUUUCACCUGUUUGUGUCAAAACAAGAGCAUCAGCUGAACCACAGCGGCCCAUUAACACACAUUAACACACACUCGCAUGCGCACACACACACACACACACACAUUAACACACACACACACUCACUCACACACUGAUGCUCAGUGCCACACACACUCAAGAAAAUUAACACACACACACAGACACACCUGAACCCACCUGAACACAGAUAAACACACAUUAACACACACUCGCACACACACACACACACAAACACACACACACACACACACACGUUGACACACACAUUAACACACACGCACACACUCACACACAUUAGCACACACACACACACACUGAUGCUCAGUGCCACACACACUCACAAAAAUAAACACACACAUUAACACACACACACACCUGAACCCACACUCACACACACACACUCACACACACACACAUGUCUGCAACCAUCCCAACACCAAGUCCUGGAUCAUCGGACCCGGACCAACCUGUGAGAGUGUGUGUGUGUGUGUGUGUGUGUGUGCGCGUGCGUGCGUGUGCGUGUGCGCGUGCGCGCGUGUGUGUGUCUAACCCUCCCUGUCGGCCAGACUGCAGAGGAAGUAUUAGAGCUGUCAGUCAAACCCUCGUCAGCCGGAUCUGGAACCAACACGCUUUGGGAAAUACACUCUGCUGGUUGCCGUGACAACGUAGCCUAGCGGCGUCUGACCUCACAAGGUCGUGACCUCCGGUCAGCUGACACAGAACUGAUCCGAUACCAUUUGGUGAGGUGGUAUUUGAAACGUUUCCAACGUUUCAGACGUUUCCAACGUUUCAGACGUUUCCAACGUUACGGACAUUUCGGAUGUUUCAGACGUUUCCGACGUUUCAGACGUUUCCAAUGUUUCAGAUGUUUUAAACGUUUCAGAUGUUUUAAACGUUUCCGACGUUUUGGACGUUUACGACGUUUCUGAUGGUAAAUAGCUUAGCCCCGCCCCUUUCUACCCGCACUAUUGCGUAACUUCCUGUUCUGGCUUUCAGAGCAACGAAGAAGAAUUCUGUUGAUGAAAACGGUUCGGGGCGGAGCGGGAACGACCGACAUCUGGAUCAGGGAGUAUCUCUGAGGAUCAGAACCGCUGGAGAACAUCAGGACGGCGGCUGGACCCUCGGCUAGCCGUUGCGGGGGCCUCUUUGCUCCGGACCAGAGCGCAUCACCAGAUCACCAGACCGCCAGACCGUGUUCCCUCACUGCCGAGUCCGAUCCCCGAUCGGCGGUUCGGUCCGGUUCUUUUCAAGGUCCGAUACGUUGAUGGUGGUUCUUUCCUGACGGGAGGUUCUCACCGGGGCUGAAACGUCUCCGUCAUCGUACGAGGAGAGAAAAGUGUAUUUCCCAAAGUGUCCGCGUGGUUAUUUGAGCCGUGUAGGAUUUUAAACGAGUUUGAGCGACAAGAGAACUCAGGUGGAGAUGUUUCUAACGUUUCAGACGUUUCAAAUGUUUCCGACAU